AGUUGGAUCUCCCCGAGUUUUGCUCUCGAUUGCGUUAUUGUUGGGCGAAAGCAAGUCUCCGCGGAUGGAGGAGAGGGCCGAGAAUUCUCCGCGACGAGGUCAAGGGCGUUGCCACGAUAGAGCUCGAGUGAGAGACGCGGAGGAAGGGCGAGGGAGGAAGACAGCUCUCCUCCCCCUUUCUCUUCGUCUUCCCUGCGAGUUGGAGCAAGAUCCUGCGCUUCUUCGCAGGGCCUUGGCCGUCUCCGUCAACCUUCGACCCGGUCGAUUAUUGGUUGAAUUGAUUGCUAGGAUGAGCGAAUUCCCUGCCAGUUGAAGAGGAAGGAUUUAAUUAACUGUGUCAGAUAGGAGAAACAUCCUAAAUUUUAUGCGCCAAUAGAAGCACUCUUGGGUGAUGCAAAGGUCGUGUACAUAGAUUGGCUAAGAAGUAUACAAGAUGGGUGUGAUAUCAAGGAAGAUUUUUCCUGCAUGUGGCAACCUUUGCUGUCUCUGUCCUUCACUGAGGACACGAUCUAGGCAACCAGUGAAGAGGUACAAGAAGCUGCUAGCUGACAUUUUUUCUCAAUCUCAGGAUGAAGAGCCAAAUGAUAGAAAAAUUGGGAAGUUGUGUGAAUAUGCGUCUAGAAACCCACUUCGCAUUCCAAAGAUAACAGAAUAUUUGGAGCAGAAGUGUUACAAGGAAUUGAGAAGUGAACACUUUGGCUAUGUUAAGAUUGUGACGUGCAUCUACCGUAAAUUGGUGAUUACUUGCAAGGAGCAAAUGCCUCUGUUUGCAAGUAGCCUACUGAGCAUCCUACAGAAUCUUUUUGAUCAAACAAGACAACAAGGAGUGCAGACUCUAGGUUGCUAUACACUUUUUGACUUUAUUAAUAGCCAGGUGGAUGGCACAUACCAGUUCAAUUUAGAAGGUCUGAUUCCUAAAUUAUGCAGUAUAGUUCAAGAAUUGGGGGAUGAUGAGACAGCUUGCUGUUUCCGUGCAGCAGGACUUCAAGCUCUAUCUUCAUUGGUUUGGUUUAUGGGAGAGCAUUCGCAUAUCUCAGCAGAAUUCGACAGUAUUGUUUUUGCUGUCUUGGAGAACUAUGGAGACACCAAAAGAAAAUCAGAGGAUGACCAACAAAGUGAACAGAACCGGGAUGAAAAGAACAGCCCUAGCUUUUGGUCUAGGGCUUGUUUACAUAACAUGGCAAAGCUAGCCAAAGAAGCAACUACUAUGCGGCGUGUUUUGGAGUCUUUAUUUCGUUAUUUUGAUAAUAAUGGAUCAUGGUCUGCACAAAAUAAUCUGGCUCGAUGUGUCAUGUGUGAUAUGCAGUUAUUGAUGGAAAAGGAUGGGCAAAAUCCAAAUCUACUGAUAUCGAUAUUGGUCAAGCACCUUGAGCACAAGACUGUUUUGAAACAACCUGACAUUCAGUUGAAUAUAGUUGAAGUUACGGCUAGUCUUGCUGAGCAGUCCAAAACACAAGCAUCUGUAGCAAGUAUUGGAGCAAUAAAUGAUCUUGUGAAACAUUUACGUAAGUCCAUCAUGCAUUGUACACUUGGUACUAAAGGUAUUGGGGACGACAUCAUCAAAUGGAAUGACAAUUUCCGCAAAGCAGUAGAUGAGUGCAUCGUUCAGUUAUCUAAAAAGAUUGAUGAUGCUGGGCCCGUUCUCGACAUGAUGGCCGUUAUGUUAGAGAAUCUGCCAUCAAAUUUGACAAUGGCGAGGUCAACUAUUGCUGUGGUGUAUCGUACUGCUCAGAUAAUUGCAUCUGUUCCAAAUUUAGCAUAUAGGAAUAAGGCAUUUCCAGAGACUCUGAUGCAUCAAUUGCUCCUAGCAAUGGUUCACCCUGAUCAUGAAACGCGUGUGGGUGCUCACCGUAUAUUCUCUGUUGUUCUUGUUCCAUCUUCUGUGUCUCCUCAACUUAAUUCACUAUCUCCAGAAUCACUAAAAGACAUUGAUCUUCAGAGAACACUCUCAAGAGCUGUUUCUGUCUUUUCAUCGUCAGCUGCUCUGUUUGAAAAACUUAGAUGGGAAAAGGUAUCUGCGACAGAAAAAACUUACCGACAAAAUAUGAGCAGAGCUCCUAGUCAUGAUGAUGUGAAGCUUGUUAUGCUGCAAUCAUCUCAAAGCCGUACUCGUAGCAUGAAAGGACGUCGAUCUUUAACAGCAGAUUGUAUUCCAGUGAACAACUCGAAUAAGGAUUCGGUUCUUUUAAGAUUGAGCAGUCGUCAAAUCACACUUCUUCUUUCAUCAUUUUGGGCCCAGGCUAUGUUUCCUGAAAAUACUCCAGAAAAUUUUGAAGCAAUUGCUCAUUCUUAUAGUCUGACAUUGUUGUUUACUCGAGCAAAGUCAUCAAUCCACGAGCCUCUUGCACGGAGUUUUCAGCUUGCCUUUGCUUUAAGAAACAUUUCACUUGCAGGGGGAUCACUGCCGCCAUCACGUCGGCGCUCCCUACUUACUCUAUCCACAGCUAUGUUCAUAUUUGCUUCAAAAGCAUUCAACAUAGUUCCCCUUAUUCCGAUUGUGAAGUCAGCCAUCAAUGAGAAAACAGUUGAUCCAUUUCUCCAAUUGGUUGAAAACUCCAAACUUCAAGCUGUGAAAACUACAUUUGACAAUUUAUUGGGAGCUUACGGGUCACAAGAAGAUGAUAACAAAGCAUCAAUAUCUCUCCAGGCCGUGGAAGUAAUAGAAGGCCUGACUAAAGAAUCCAUAGUUUCUGUGAUCAUGAACAGCUUUACUGAUUUAUCAGAGUCAGAGCAAUCCGACAUAAGAAACCAAUUGCUACUCGAUUUCAUGCCUGAUGAUGUUUGUCCGCUUGGGCCGCAGUUCAUGAAAUCAUCUGGACAGCUUUUGCCACUUUUGUCUGAAACUGAGAAUACACAAGAUGUCACUCCUGCAGCUCUUUUGGUUGAUGAGGACUUUUAUGAAUCAUUUGAAACUGGGCGAGAUCAUUCGAGGUUGCCCGAUGACAGAUCUAAUCUUCUCAGUGUUGAUCAGCUUCUAGAGACAGUCCCGGAUACACCAUGGCAAACUGGAAGAUUUUCAGUAUCAACAACCUCUGAUGUACCAUUCAAAGAGAUGGCUAAUCAUUGCCAGGCUCUUAUGAUUGGAAAACAGCAGAAAAUGUCCGUCUUUGCCGACAUACAACAGAAACAAGGUUUCUUAGAUGUUGGCUCCCCGAAGGACCAAUACGGGGUGCAAACAUAUCAAUGCUCCAAUAUCGAUCAAGCAGGAAAGAGUGGCAAUCCUUUCCUCAACGAAAACCUUGUAGAUAUGCAGAGACAACACAUCGACACUGGACACAAUGCGUUAGCAUCCAUCAACUUCCAUUGCCCACCCCGGUGCCUCAAGCUCCCAGCAUCAAGCCCCUACGACAACUUCCUAAAGGCUGCAGGCUGCUAGAGGGUACAUGUGAAAGUCAAUUUUCUACAGAGUGGAAAGAUAAGGAUCUCUUCUUUAGGAGUAGCUCCCACAUUUAUCUUGUGUAUACGGUAUAGCACUACAGGAUUUUCGCAUAUUCAUUUUGCUGAGAACUAUAGAAGAAAAAAAAAAAAGGUUUUUCCAGAUGUAACCUGUAUACAAAAUAAAUGCAAUAAAUUCCUGUAAACAUCCAUCAUCUCAGAUGGAGAGUUUUAGUGAAUUUUAACCUCUAAAUUACAAAACUUAUUGUUCGACAAUUCAAUUUCAGGUCACCUUAUCCUCCACCCUCAUUCAGUUUCAGGUUUAUGCAGUUCCCUCGAGACUAACUCACAUUUUUCACAAGUUCAGCACUCGACCGGGAGUGUUUUUCGUUGCCACACUAACCUGUAUGCAAAGUGUGUUUGGAGAGGAUGCUUUGGUGAACAUAAGUGCACUGAUGGAACUUGAAAGGAUACAUCAG